GAAUUGCAGAAAUAUGCUGGGGAAUGGAGACUCUGAAAUGCAGUCAGCAGACUCAAAACGAUGUUUCUUCAAAGUAAAUAUUAAAAAGGGGUCGCCAGGGCUAACUUUAAUCAUCAGCUUAAAUAAGCCCACUAAAUUUAAUAAUAGUAUUUAAUGAGAAAUGAGCCAACGGUGGGGGCGAUAGUUUCGUAAUCGAUAAGUGCCAAAGGUUUGGGAGACCCCCAAAUCCACCUCUAAAUUGGAUCUGAUAAUAUUCAGCCAUGGAGAACAAGAAACGCCUAGUGAUCUACGACUGUGAUAUAGGAACCGACGAUGCCUGGGGAUUGGCCAUGAUGCUGCGGGCGGAGGAGCUGGCUCUGCCGGGUGGAAGGAGCAUCAAGGUGGUGGCCAUAACGACGGUUCAGGGCAACACGGAUGUGGACAAUGGGACUCUGAACGCCCUGCGAAUUCUGCACACAUUGGACAGGCGGGAUGUGCCCGUUUUCAGAGGUUGUGCGGAUCCCAUAGUGCCUCGAUCUUGGGCCUACACCAAUCUCUUCCAUGGCCACGACGGCCUAAACGAUUUGGGGGACUAUCCGGAGGUCAGUGUGGAGCAGGAACUGCAGCCGGAGCACGCCGUCAAUGCCAUGUACCGCCUGGCCAGCCAGCAUCCCGGCCAGGUGGACUUCCUGCUCUGCGGCCCACUCACCAACUUUGCCAACUGCAUCAACCUGUACGGCCAGGCCUUUCUGGACAAGAUCGGUGGGGUCUACAUCAUGGGCGGCAACAUUUUCGGCAAGGGCAAUGUCACCAAGAGUGCCGAGUUCAAUUUCAUGAUGGAUCCCGAGGCGGCGCACAUUGCCCUGGAACGAUUGUCGUGCCCAGCGCUAAUCCUGCCCUGGGAACCGUGCAUCGAUGGUGAAUUUGGCAUCACCCUUGACUGGCGCCUGAAUGUUCUGGGAUCUGUCGAUCAUCCUUUUGUCAAGCUGCUGACCAGAGUGGAGCGCUCCAUGUUGGAGCCACGUGGCUUCCAGAAGUGGGUCAGCUGUGACUCACUGCUCACUGCCGCCUACCUCUUCCCGGAGGCGAUGAUCGCCGAUCAGCGGGAAUACUAUGCCACCGUGGAACUAACCGGUGCCCACACACGUGGCCAAAUGGUGCUGGAUCACCUGCGUGGCCGCAAAGUGGAUGCCAUCCAUGGGAAGAAAAACAAUGUGCGGGUCGUGAGGCGUCUCAAUGGAGAGCCCUUCCGCACGAUCAUCGCCUGGACGGGAUUCCUGAACGAAGCCGAUAUUGCGCAACUUUGCAUUUAGCAUUAACAAUAGAUUUGCGGCAAACUCAAUGCGAACAUUUUUAAUAGUUUGGGAGAAGUCUUUAACAAACUGUAUAAUCCCGGUUUUGGUUAAGCUUAAAGACGUACAUUAAGUGCCCUAUAGCAGCCAGCCCCCUUUUGGGAGACUCUCAUAAAUCAUCCAUAAGGGCUUGACCUAGCCUUUUAAACUUUUAGGGACAGCUCCACGUCCAGCUGCUGGAGAAACUGUUCACUUUAAAGAGACCAUCUAGCUGCUGGACGCGGAGCUGCCACCGGAGCACACAGAAACUCCCAGCGAUAUAGAAGAGUGUUUUUAGUGGCUGAUGCCCAAAAAAAACUCGCUGCUAUAGG